GUAACUUAGGAAGGAAGGAAGGUAGGUGGGGGAAAAGAGAGAGUUUUUUUUUCCCCAAAGCAAAGCUGGGUGCCUGCCAUGAUGUCAGAAGGAGAGAAAACCACCGCUUGCUAAAUCCAUCUCCCACCCAGACCUAUGGGAGAAAAGACUCACCUGGAAGCAGCUGUUCCCCCCCCUGUGGUCAUGACGGCUUCUCCACACAGUGACUCUGUGGUGGUCUUGUUUGGGGCGACAGCUGGUGCAUAUGGGGCUAAGCUGGGUUCCGAUGAGAGGGAACUAAUUCUCUUGGUGUGGCAAGUUGUGGAUCUACACAGCAAGAAGGUGGGGACCCUGCACAAAUGCCUGGUGAAGGCGGACGACCUGGAGCUGAGUGACCAGUGUCAGGAGGUGACCGGAUUAACCCCUGAAAGCCUGAGCAAAGCCGAGCCCCUGGAUCGAGUUCUCCAGCAGUUCAGCCAACUGGUAUCCAGUGACCUUAAGGCUCUGGGAAGAAGCUCUUACACCUUUUGCACAGAUGGCCAACUCCUCAUUCGGCAGGUUAUCCAUCCCGAAGCGUCAAAGAAGAAUCUCCUCCUCUCCGACCGCUUCUAUUCGUUUUUUGAUCUACGCAAAGAAUUCCAUGAAUCCUAUCCAAACUCGGCCCCCGUGAAGGAUCAGACCAUCCAGUCUAUGGCAGAAUAUAUAGGCUACAGGAUCGAUGAAACAGAGGAGGAUUUUGGAGUCUGGCAAGUGAAGGCCAUGGUGGCUAUCAUUUUCAACCUUCUUCCAGAUGCCUGCAACCAUCAGUUUACUGCCCCUGAAACUGUGAAAUAUAAAUAUGAAACUGGACCCUGUAGUAAGUCAGAAACAGUGGACAGUGAAACAGUAAUACGUGCCCGAGGUCUGCCUUGGCAGUCAUCUGAUCAGGACAUCGCCCGGUUUUUCAAAGGCCUUAAUAUUGCAAAAGGCGGGGUGGCCCUGUGCCUGAACGCGCAAGGAAGAAGAAACGGAGAGGCCCUGGUGCGGUUUGUCAACUCUGAACAAAGAGACCUGGCCCUGGAACGACACAAGCACCACAUGGGGAGCAGAUACAUUGAGGUUUACAAAGCGACUGGAGAGGAAUUUCUGAAGAUUGCUGGAGGCACGUCCAACGAAGUCGCCCAGUUUCUCUCCAAGGAGAACCAAGUCAUCAUCCGCAUGCGGGGCCUUCCCUUCACGGCCACGCCCGAGGACGUCCUGAGCUUUCUGGGGCCGGAGUGCCCUGUUACAGGAGGGAAGGAGGGGCUCCUUUUUGUCAAAUAUCCGGACGGACGGCCGACGGGAGACGCCUUUGUCCUGUUUGCCUGUGAAGAGUACGCGCAGAAUGCACUUAAGAAGCACAAGGAGAUCCUUGGGAAGCGUUACAUUGAGCUCUUCCGAAGCACGGCGGCCGAAGUCCAACAGGUCCUCAACAGGUACAUGUCGACCCCGCUCAUCCCUACGCUUCCGACGCCCAUCAUUCCUGUCAUCCCACCUCCCUACGCCAUUGCUGCUGGCAGUGUCCGAGACUGCAUCCGACUUAGGGGUUUGCCUUACACCGCUGGGAUUGACGACAUCCUGGAGUUCAUGGGAGAGGCGACUGGGGACAUCAAGCCGCAUGGAGUCCACAUGGUUCUAAACCAGCAAGGCCGGCCAUCCGGCGAUGCUUUUAUCCAGAUGAAAUCUGCAGACCGUGCCUUCCUGGUGGCCCAGAAAUGUCACAAGAAGAUGAUGAAGGACCGCUAUGUGGAAGUCUUCCAGUGUUCAGGAGAGGAGAUGAAUUUUGUUUUAAUGGGUGGCACUUUAAAUCGUAGUGGCUUGUCCCCACCGCCAUGUAAGUUACCAUGCCUCUCUCCUCCAGCCUAUGCCGCCUUCCAGACCGCUGCGGCUGCCGUCCUCCCGGCAGAAGCCGCCAUAUACCAGUCCCAAGCGCUCCUGCCUCAAACUCGGACCCAGCAGGUGUCAGCCGCAGCCGCUGUUGCUGCCGCCGCCGCUACUCCGGCGGUUACUUACUACCCAGCGCAGGCUGCUCAGCUUUAUAUGAACUACACAGCUUACUACCCCAGCCCACCGGUCUCCCCAACCACCGUGGGGUACCUAGCAGCUCCCCAGGCAGCGGUGGCAGCCGCCGCCUCGGCCACGCACACUCCGAUGCUGCCCCAGCCUGCGGCCCUUGUCCGAAUGCAAGGACUGCCCUACAACGCCGGCAUGAAGGAGAUCCUCAGCUUCUUCCAGGGCUAUCAGCUUCACACAGACGCCAUCCUCCCGCUCUACAACUUCAGCGGCCAGCUCAGUGGAGAAGCUCUGGUCACUUUCCCCAGCCUGGACUUGGCCAAGAAGGCUGUGGCUGAGCGGAGCGGAUGCCUCCUGGGGAACCACUGUGUGGAACUCUGCCUGAUCUAGUUGGGGAGAACCCCCCUCCUCCCUGGGGACCUCCAGGCCAUCAGCAGGAUGGAGUCAAGAACAACCCUCUCUCUCUUUCUCUCUCUCACCCCAUUAGUGCCUCUUAAGAACAACUGUGCCUCCCUGCACCCAAGCGCCUUCUCCACGGGCUGUAGUUAGGGCGGCCGUCCUUACCAAACCGCAUCCAUCAAGAGGAGUGGCCGAGAAGGCCACCGACAUACCCUCCAUAAUAGAAAGUUGUUCUAGAAUGCUUGAUUUUGUGGGUGUUGCUAUGAUGGCCCCUACCCCCCUGUUAAAUUGAGGAGAGUCUGUGGCAUUACAGCCACUGUGGACAAAUCUUUUUAUUUUAUCUUUAUAAAUUGAAGAGGAAAAGGAGAAACCUCUGGAUCACUUUCACAUUAUUGUUUUAUUUCAAGUCAAAAUAUGCCAAAUACCUGUCUUGAUUUUUGGGGGGGGGGUAGGGGUGGAUUCAGAAGCCCCUUUCUUCAAAGGAGGGGCCAUGGAAAGACUAGUUUUUUGAAAGCAAAGUUAUUUGAAUGUUUAUAUUCCCUUUCCUAAGCUAAAUAACAGCUUGGGAAAUUGCAUUCAAACAAAAUAGUAACAGAAGCUUAUAAGUUUUUUUUUAUAUAUAAAACCUUUUUGUGAGGUACAAAACAACUAAGUAAUUAAAUAAAGCCAUAUCCAAGCUGCCAACUAUUAAACCAAACAAAGAGACCAAGAAUUUUUUUAAAAACCUCACUAGGACAAGAAUAUACAUAAAUGUUGAGGACUAGUAAAUUAUAUAUUUUGUUUUAUUUAAGCUUGUUUAGCUCUCAGAUACUGUAUUAAAACAUUUUUGCUCUAGGUUAAUGUGCAUGCCAUUUGUUUACAGCAUUAUACUUUAUCUGUAUAUUGUGAAGCAACAAGAGGAAAUGAAAUCUAAGUCUAAUUAGUGCAUGUCUCCUUUUUUUAAAAAAAUGUCUGUAUAUACAUGUUCAAAGAAUACAGUUUUAUGUGCGUAAUAUGUGUCAAACUAACUACUGUAGGAGCACUCUAUAAUUUUGAUUUUACUGUGCCUUGAUCAGGACUUCCUCAAAAUGUGCAAUAACUGCGUAAGGAAUUAGAUGGAGCCCCAUUUUAUAAGUGGCUCUUUGUAAGUGCCUGUGGACACAGGGAACUUUUGUUUGUUUGUUUGUUUUGCUAAGUGUACAACUUUUGAGUAAUACUUAAAAAGGGAAUCAGACUCCCACCCCCAUCCUGAAACAAUGAUGUAUGCUUCUUUAUAUAAGAAAUUAAAAAAAGAUGCUUG